ACGUUCCUCUGUGAACAUCAUCAUGAGGGUAGUGGUCUUUCUGCUGGGCACUGCCCUUGCUGUGGCGUAUGUGAGUGCCAACCCUGACGUGAGGCCGGGAGGAGGUGGAGGAGGUGGAUACGGCGGAGGAGGAGGUGGAGGAAAAGGAGGAGGAGGAGGAGGAGGCGGAGGCCACGGCGGUGGAGGAGGAGGUGGAUAUGGAGGUGGAGGAGGGCAAAGUGGAGGGGGAGGAGGAAAAGGUGGAGGUGGAGGAGGAGGAGGAGGAUAUGGCGGCGGAGGAGGAGGAGGACACAGUGGCGGUGGAGGAGGAGGAGGAGGAAGAGGUUAUGGAUCGUCAGGUGGAGGAGGAGGCGGCCAAGGUGGUGGAGGAGGAAGAGGAUAUGGAUCAUCUGGAGGCAGUGGAGGAGGAGGAGGAGGUGGUGGAUACGGAGGUGGCAGAGGCGGUGGCGGUGGAGGUGCUCCAGCCACGGCGAACAUUAACUUCAUGCUUGGAGGUGGCAAAGGAUUUGGUGGUGGAGGUGGAGGAGGAGGAUAUGGAUCUUCUGGUGGUGGAGGAGGAGGAUCUGGUGGAAGCGGAGGAGGAGGUGGAUACGGAUCCUCAGGAGGUGGCGGAGGAGGAAGCGGAGGUGGUGGAAGCGGAGGAGGAAGUGGAUACGGAUCUUCAGGAGGUGGCGGCGGAGGACAUGGAGGUGGUGGAAGCGGAGGAGGUGGAUACGGAUCCUCAGGAGGUGGCGGAGGAGGAAGCGGAGGAGGAAGCGGAGGUGGCGGAGGAGGAGGGGGAUAUGGAUCAUCUGGUGGCGGAGGCUCUGGAGGCUAUGGAAAAUAAGAGGCGAGGCCUCCAGGACCGAGUUCCCAGGACACAUUCCAGGAUCCUCUCAGCUCCUCCUCUCCUGCUGCGUCACCUUCGCUUUUUGAUCUCAGCUUCAAUGCAAGUGAUGAGUCUCUCUCCUGGGUCCACACUUCAGU